CGGAGGCGAGGCCCGAAAGGAGCCGCGACCAGGCGGCGGAGCGCGGCACCGGGACUGGGCCGAGGGAGCCCGGCUGCAGCGCCCGCCCCGCGGCCUCGCCUCCCCGCCGAGCCCCCCGCGCCUCGGGCCGCGAUGAGGACCUGGGCUUGCCUACUGCUGCUCGGCUGCGGAUACCUCGCCCAUGCCCUGGCCGAGGAAGCGGAGAUCCCCCGCGAGGUGAUCGAGCGACUGGCGCACAGUCAGAUCCACAGCAUCCGGGACCUGCAGCGACUCCUGGAGAUAGACUCCGUAGGGACUGAGGAUGCUUUGGAGCCAAGCCUGAGAGCCCGGGGGGCCCACGCCUCCAGGCAUGCCCCCGAGAGGCGGCCAGUGCCUGUUCGGAGGAAGAGGAGUAUUGAGGAAGCCAUCCCUGCUAUCUGCAAGACCAGGACGGUCAUCUAUGAGAUACCUCGGAGCCAGAUCGACCCCACCUCCGCCAACUUCCUGAUCUGGCCACAGUGCGUGGAGGUGAAGCGCUGCACUGGCUGCUGUAAUACCAGCAGCAUCAAGUGCCAGCCCUCGCGUGUGCACCACCGCAAUGUGAAGGUGGCCAAAGUGGAGUAUGUCAGGAAGAAGCCAAAAUUAAAAGAAGUCCAGGUGAGGCUGGAGGAGCACCUGGAGUGCACGUGUACGACCUCGAACCUGAACCCAGAUUAUCGGGAAGAGGAGACCGACGUGAGGUGAGGACCAGCCGGCAGCCCUUCCCCAGGACACGGAUGUCCAUGGCGUGUUACAUUCCUGAACCUACUAUGUACGGUGCUUUACUGCCAGCGUGCGAUCUUUGUUCUCCUCCGUGAAAACUGUCUCCAAGAACACUCCGGAGAACAAAGAGACAGUGUACAUUUGUCUAAUGUGACAUCAAAGCAAGUAUUGUAGCACUCAGUGAAGAAUAAGAGGCUUCCUUGUCAAAAAAAAAAAAAAAAAAGGAGCGAGAGAGAGAGAAAUUAAAAACAGAACCACAAAACAUGACGCAAACAAAAAUGACCCACCAGAAAACAUCCACACGGUUGGCUGAGAGGAGGACGCCCAGUGUGAUGGGGGUGAUGGACAUCGCAGCAGCAGACUGGAUUUCUGUCACAGGUGCUUUUGGCCAAGGAUGUGGAGCUGGCUUUCUGGAUGAGGGCCACGCAGGAGCCAGGAAUGUUCCAGAAACCGCCACGCUGAUGUUCGGAGCCACACCUCCUCGCUCACACGUAGUGUUUAAGUCUAUACAGAAACCUUGGGAGCCUUAAGUGGAUUUUUUUUUUUUUUUUUACACCAUAAAGUGAUUAUUAAGCUUUCCUUUUUACUCUUCGCCUAGCUUUUUUUUUUUUUUUUAAUUAUCUCUUGGAUGACGACAUUUACACCGAUAACGCCCGAGGCUGCUGUGACUGUUGAAGAGUGGGACGGUAUUUUUCCUAGCAGGAUGCAGACUAAUGAAAUGAGAUGUAUUAAAAUAAACAUGGUAUACCUA